UGUCAGGACCAGCAUGGCUCCUUCCUGGAGCUAGACAGGAGUGUGUGGAGGAAAGCAGUGCAUCGGAAAUUCAACGCAAUCUCCCAUCCGUCUCGCAAACGAUAUCUGGGCUUCUUGUAGGGAUACCAUGGGCAUCCCGAGGCUGCUCUCAAACGCAAUGGCCAGGGUCAGCACAGUCCGCUAUUACCAGCUAGUGCUGGUUAUAGCAGCCGCACUAGCUGUUGUUGCUUUUUACAGUUUCGGAUCGGACCGGCAGAACUUUUCCAGCACUACCAAGCGUAUCAAAGAGACUCAUGCCAGCCACAACGCAAACAUGAACGACGGCGAUCUAUCCUCCGAUACCAACGCCAAGCAACGCGGUUCAAAAGCUGCAAGUGUGGGAGAAGCUGGCAGAACGAACACGGAUAGUAUUAACGCAGGGACUGCAGAGGAGCAGCGUCCUCGAUAUUUUCACGCGCUGAUGAUGUUCACCAAAGUGGACACGAGCCAGGCGUUGCAGCAGAAGUUCCAGGUUGCCAUGAGAUCGAUGCUGAAGCACGCCAGGUUUGAGGACGGGGAAGUCUUGACCCUGCAUUUUGUGAGCGACGAACCCAGCAGAGAGAUCGGGGAAAAGAUGCUGGAAGACUUGCUGCAGGGCGCCACCUUCCGUUGUGAGGUGAGCUUCCACAAUGUCAAGGUGCUGACGGAGAAGCUGUUCCCCAUCGUGGAGGCCAUGCAGAAGCACUUCAGCGCCGGCUCAGGAACCUACUACAGCGACGCCAUCUUCUUCCUGUCUGUCGCCAUGCACCGCAUCAUGCCAGCAGAAAUCAAGCGGAUCGUGCAGUUAGACUUGGACCUGAAGUACAGGACCAACAUCAGGGAGCUCUUUGAGCAGUUUAACCAGUUCCCUGCCGGAGCCGUCAUCGGGAUUGCCAGGGAGAUGCAGCCGGUUUACAGGCACACCUUCUGGGCGUACCGUAGGGAGAACCCCGAUUCCAAAGUGGGUGACCCUCCCCCGGGCGGCAGCCCCGGGUUCAACAGCGGGGUCAUGCUCCUCGACCUGGAGGCCAUGCGUCGCUCUGAGCCAUACAAUCAGCUGCUGGAGCCCCGGAGCGUGAGCCGGCUGGCAGACAAGUACCGCUUCCAAGGGCACCUCGGCGACCAGGACUUCUUCACCAUGAUCGGCAUGGAGCACCCCUCCCUUUUUCACGUGCUGGACUGCGCGUGGAACCGGCAGCUCUGCACCUGGUGGAAGGACCACGGGUACGGGGACGUCUUCCAGCUGUACUACCACUGCCAGGGUCCCGUCAAGAUCUACCACGGGAACUGCAACACACCCAUCCCCGACGACUGAGGGCUGGAGCACCACAGCCAAGGAGCGGUGAUCUGGGGCAGAACAGCGGGCUGCUACAAAACUCAUUGAGGGUUUAGAUGAAAAUAGGAUAGCAGUCGCUGUAACUGCGCGUGCUGUGCUUGCUACGCUUACUUCCAGGGUCGUCUUGAGGAACUACUCUGCAGCACCCCACCUCGGCCCCAGAAUCUCCCCCCAAAAACGUUGGAUAAAGGGGUUAAACUGCCAGAUCAUCUAAAUCUGCACCAAAUUAGAAUUAGCAGUGAUUACCUCUGUAAUGUAUAUAAACUAUACACAUUGAUGAAGAGCAAGGACAGACAACAGAUUGAGUCUUCUUACCUCUUGUAAUUGUCUUUUUUUGCCCAGUGUGCCCCAGUAAGGCUUUAAUGAUUGAAGCUGUUUUAUUAAUGCUUGGUUCUGUUUUAUUGUUUCAGUCUGUUCAGAAUAAGUUUAAUCUUUUAUGAACAGUAUAUCGUUUAAAUAUAAUAUCUGUAACCAGUUAGGCUGAUUUAUUUUUUUGAAUAACCGGUUUGUAGAAUUCAUUUAGAUUUAGAAGAUCAAUAUAAUUGAUCAGUAUUAAAUGUACUUGAUUUGUAAGUGAUUUGUAGAUCACAUGAUCAAUAAAGGGUCAAGUCUAAAAA